AUGCUGCGGCGUUUGAAAGCGCAAGUUAGUCAGGUUGCAAAUGAGCUGCCUGGUGUUCUUUCUCCCUCUGCUCGUGAGAAUCGUGACGAUUCCUCAUUCUUUUCGUCCUCUGACACAAGUCAGAAUAAUGGUGAUGACGAAAUUGAAGGAUUUCUUUGUCCAAUAUGCAUGGUACACUACAAUUCUCCUGAGUCACUGUCGGAACAUUUUGAAGAGGCUCAUAACAAAGAAACUUCAUUAGUUAAUCCAAAUUUUGAUAAUGCAACCAUCAUUUCUUCUCUAUCUACAGUGACUCAGCGAAUGUUGGAGUUUGAAAAAGAAAACGGCCAACUCAAACGGUCAGUUGAGAAUGGCAAUCAAGAAAGGGCGGAAAUCAUGGUCAAACUUAAACAACUCAGUGGGCAAAUCCGAGCAUUAACAGACGAAAAUGAAGGAAACAAGGUAUGAAA